AGAGGUACCGAUGGUGAGUGCAGGAAAAUCGUACCGACGGCUGCAUUAGACAGUCUCCGGCCACUCUACACACGUUGAAUGUCAUUGAUUUUCGCACUAGGACCCUCGUUUUUUCUAAUUUAAAUUUUUGGACGGCUCGAAUCCGCCGUUCGAUAGCUGGAGGCAGCCCGACACGACCUUAGGUACGAUUUCCCAGCGCCGACCGUCGGUACGUAUACUCCUCCUCUCCCCCUCAUCAGUGUCCAGUAACAUUUUGGCAUUCAGGCCGAGCAAAAAAAAAAACAUUUGGCAUUCAGAAAGAGAAGGGUUCAUCGUUAUUCGUUGGGAGAGAUCGAAUACCCCUUUAGAAAAUAUGAAUGUUUGCUGCAGCACAUGGGGCGCCCAUCAUUUUGGAUUUACGCGGCGCCCAUCAUCACUACUCGGUCGCACCCUGCCUCGCGGCGGCGGCGGCGAAGUUGCUCAGGGCCCACCAGUAGUAGGAGCCCGUUCCACGCCUUCUUCAGCGACUACUACGACCACAAGUGCAUCGACGACACGUAGUACAGCAGCAGGAUAUAUUAGUAAUACAGAGGAGGUAGAAAAGCUCCAGAAAGGGAUAGCCGAGUUGUACGACGAAUCGUCACGGGUAUGGGAGGAGAUAUGGGGGGACCACAUGCACCACGGCUUCUACGAUCCAAACUACAAUACUAACAAAAACGACAACAACGACGCCCGUUCCCUACUUUCCGACCAUCGAUCCGCUCAGAUUCGUAUGAUUGAAGAGUCUCUCCGAUUUGCCGGUGUUUCAGAAGACCCAAUGAAGAGACCUAAUAAUGUUGUCGAUGUUGGGUGUGGAAUUGGAGGCAGUUCUAGAUAUAUAGCAAGAAAAUAUGAGGCUCAAUGCCAAGGCAUCACCCUGAGCCCUGUUCAAGCCCACAGGGCUCAAGCUCUUGCUGCUGCCCAAGGAUUAUCAAACAAGGUUUCCUUCCAAGUUGCAGAUGCUUUAAAUCAACCAUUUUCCGAUGCACAAUUCGAUCUGGUAUGGUCCAUGGAGAGUGGUGAACACAUGCCUGACAAAGCAAAGUUUGUUAAUGAGUUGGCUCGAGUAGCAGCACCGGGAGCCACAAUCAUAAUAGUAACAUGGUGCCAUAGGGACCUCUCCCCUUCGGAGAAAUCUUUGCGACCAGAGGAGGAAGAUUUAUUGCGGAAGAUUUGUGAUGCUUAUUAUCUCCCAGCUUGGUGUUCUACGGGCGAUUAUGUGAAAUUACUUGAGUCUCUCUCUCUCCAGGAUAUAAAGGCAGCAGAUUGGUCGGAGAAUGUUGCCCCAUUUUGGCCUGCAGUAAUAAGGUCAGCAUUGACAUGGAAGGGCUUCACAUCAUUGUUGCGAAGUGGAUGGAAAACCAUAAGAGGGGCAUUGGUUAUGCCAUUGAUGAUCCAAGGAUACAAGAUGGGGCUAAUCAAGUUUGCUAUCAUUACAUGUCGGAAGCCUAUGUAGUUACGGCAAAUAUGAUGGAUGUGGAGCGGAGAGGAGGGAGGGAGUAUUACCCUCACUUCGGUAACAUUUUCUCUUUGGAAAGUUUCAGGUGGUACGUUAUCGUCUAUAAGCAACAGGUGUGGUUCUAGUUAUCACUCCUGUAAUCUCUUAUCUAUGGUGAAUUCGAAGGUGCCUAUGAAAAUGUUGUUUGUUAUGCCCUAUUUCAGUAUUUGCCAAACCAUUUGGAACUGGAGUACUAGGGUAUGCAGACGUUAUCAGUAAUAAUAGUUCACAUUCAUUUCCUGCC